AUUAAUACAUCUUCACAUUGUCUCUUAGCAGCAUACAAAAGAAACGCUUAUUUAAAACUAAGUAAAGUAAAGUAAAGUAAAGAAGUCAUUAUCUUCAGCUAUAAUCUCGCGUUAUAAAGGAGAAAUUAAUAAAUAUAAUAAACGAGACUGAUCGUAUCUGCUCUCCAUUUUACAAUGUUUUCAAAAAUCAUGUUUUUUUAUUGUGCAUUCCAAUCAAUAAAACUGCAGUUGGUUUGUUUUGAUUUAAGCAAUAAUAACUAAAAAAAUACAAUUAACUAACAGAAUUAAACACAAAUAACACAUGAUAACGUAAUAUAAAACAUGAUUAUAGAUUAUAUAGUUUAAAACAAAAUUAUCUCAUUUUGUAACCAAACUCUUCGUAUAUAAUGUGAACAUGUGUGCUAUUUAGAAACUUUAAGAAAACGUAUUCUUUUUUCGGUUCAGAGGACAGAAGCCUUAAAUGACACAGUGUUGAGUAAAAAUUUCUGUUUUGGUUUAUUUCCAUUAUUCACUUUCUAUGAAAAUAGUGUUUAUUGUGAAACAGGGUAGAUGUAAGUGUGAUUCCCAAGUCAAAACAAUUAAAUGUCAUAAAAUAUAUGCAUCCCUUCUGUGACAGGAUCGUGUCAAUUGUGUUCUGUGUUGUUCCCUGAUUGUCGGGUCUGUCCUCUGGGAUCAGGAUUAAAAACUCAUUCUCUGUGUCUUUUGUGCUAGAGAACAUGGCUGAUGAUGUGUUCUGUGUUAGAAGCACAUGGUUCUUGUUUGUUUUGUGCUUGUCUCACUCGUCUCGACUGUGCCCGGCAUCAGCGCUCAAUGUCUGAUGUGUGCGUUUACUGUGAAUAUGACUGUCCAGCAUGAAGAAAAUGUGACAUUGUCCUGUAAUGUCAAUUCCAGCUCCGGCGUGGCGUGUAUGGACGAAAGCCACUUUCAGUUGAAAGAAGGGAACUCAACCGAGUCUGUAAGCUUUAGAAUAAUAAGGGCCGGAGAGGCUGACAUUGGGUUGUAUUACUGUGCCGUUGGAAUCAGUGAAAAGGGAAUGCAGUUUGGGACGCCUGUCAGACUCACGUUUUCAGAUACUAAGCGGGGGGGCUUUUCUCACACAGCAAACAGUGUUGGCUGCAGGACGCUGUCGAUCUGUGCUUAUGCUGCAUGUGGGUUGAGUGGUGUUAUCUGCAUGUGUGUGCUCUUUUACAGACAAGUGUUGUGCGUGAGCUGUGGGAAGGAAAACUCAAACUCCGAGGCCGCGGAUGUGCAGUAUGCCAGUCUCAGAUUCGUCAGGCCAUCCAGAGCAGCUGUUCCUGCAUCAGUGAAUGGCGGGCAAAGCCCAGACGUGGAGCCUGGCCUGGUUGUGCACUGUUGACAUUUGUUGCACCUCAUCAUUGACUUUGUGGUCGAUUCGGCAUUUUGAACCAACAAUACAUAAAGAGUAAUGUAUACAAAGACAAGAUGUACAUUUUUAUAAUUGUAUAUUACAAAUUGUACAUGAUAAUUGGCCCUCAGCGGUAGUCUUCUUUUUUUUAUAAAGCUUACUCCACAUUACUUUGAUAUGGGUUUGGUGUGUCAUCAUGGUUUUACGUGUUAAAGUAGGCCUAUAUACAGUUUUAUACUUAUCAUAUUCAAACGUUUUUUUUUCUGUUGCCUG